UUACGCCUAUCUGGUUAGACUGGUUUGAGUGCUGGUUGCAUGUUAAUGACAUGGUGGCCAUGUUGUCAGAAAGCUACCCUACUCUGUAAAGAGAAUGUAUGGUUUGAGUGCUGCAGUUUCAGACUUGGAUUUUAUUUGAUGUUACCCUCACAACUGCUCAGAGUAGUAGCUAUAAGGUAUGUUGUUGGAAUGAGGGAGUGUUGCUGUGGACAACCAUUAAUUCAAUUCAGAAGAAAGACCUGACCCUGCCCAGUGUAAGUGGAGGCACAUGAAAAUGGCAAAUAAGCUUCAAGGCAAAGGUAGAGUGAAACCCAAUCAUCCCCCUCCUCCGCCACCCGUACCCAGUCCCCAGAGCCUCACCCGAGAGCAGGUAGAGAGGGCGGACCAGACACAGCCAGAUGAGAAGCUCUACAAAAACACUGAGAACCCAGAGGAAGCGCAGCCUGGCCCAGCUGAGGAUCUCUACAUGAUCCCAGAUGACGAGCCUCUGUACAGCAACCCAAAUGAGUUGACCCCCCCUGUCAGUCGCCGGCCGAAGCCUGUCCGUCCUCCGCCGCCAAGUAAAAUAGCUUUACGCCGUUGGGCCUCUGAGGGCACUGGAGCGUCAGCCUACAAGGAAGCAGAGCUCAGGCCUCCUCUAAGGCCUCCUCUCAGGCCUGGAGCAUCAGUCUACAAGGAAGCAGAGCUCAGGCCUCCUCUCAUGAGGCAGACGGAGACGGAAACAGACUCAGAACAGCUCCGGCCUGAUGGCCCGUUAGAGACCACACAGCCUGAUGGCCCGUUAGAGACCACACAGCCUGCGCAGAGUGAUCCCCAGGUUGUAAGCCCUGCCCUGCCUCCAGAAGAGCGUCACAGCAGUAAGGUGCUCACCAGACAGGGCUCUAUGGAGGACUUAAAGGAAGAAGCACAAGUGGAUCCUUUGUAUAUUGAUGUCAUGGAAGAGCCUCUUUAUAUUGAUCCAGAUGAGCUCAACCUCCCGAUCAAAGGCAAACCCAAGCCCUUCCGUCCCCCACCGCCAAGCAGUGCUUCUGUACGCUACUCUCCUUCCCCUGGCCACUCCCCUUCCAAUGGCUCCUCCCCUUCACAUGGCCCCUCCUCUUCCCGUGGCUCCUCCUCUCCCCUUGGCUCCUCCCCUGCCCCUGACUGGUACAAGGCCAGAGUGUUGCAGAGAGGCCAGAGUGGCCCUGGUGACCGCCACACACCGAAAGUCCCCAGUCCGAAACUCAGCUUGUACCCACAGCUGUCUCUCCCAAGCCAACUGCCCACAGCGAGGAGCCCUCAGCAGUCCCUCCAUAACUCAAAGAAAGAGCUGGACAUGCUCAUGGAAUGGUGGUGCACUGCCAAAUGCUGGGAGAACAUGUAUAGAUCUGACAUAGACCACCAAGUGCAAGAGCAAAACAAACAGACCCUUUUCUCGGAAGCUCAGCGGGUUCGAUUGGCUCUCAAUCUCUUUGAGUGCCUCUUGUUCCACCGUGGUCAGAUCUUCAACAGCCACAUCACGCAGCUCUACGGCCUGGCCGACAAACUGGACGAGACCAAAAAGAAGGCCAAGGUGGCGGGCAUCGCGGGGGGCAGCGUGGCCGCAGCCACAGGCAUCGUCCUGGCCCCCUUCACCCUGGGCCUGUCUCUGACCGCCACGGCCAUCGGCGUAGGGGUGGCAGUUAGCGGAGCCAAGGGCGGCUCGUCCACCAUCACCGACAAGUGGUACAGCAGCCAGGAGCGUAAGAAGGUGGAGGAGAUUCUGCAGGAGCACAAAGUCCAGAUGGAGGACGUGGAGGGCUGCCUGCAGUUCAUCAACGCCGGCACCGAGCGCCUGCGCAAGUUCGAGCCCGCCACCGUGCAGGACGUGGACGAGGAGGUCGUGAAGAUGACGAGGGUGGCGCAGAUCUUGGGCAAAAGCCUGGGCGAAACGCAGCCAGCAGCCUCACCCACUAAAGCACUGCAGGGCUUUGCGGCAAGCAUGGACAUUUACUUCCAAGAGCAGGAGAAGCUGAAGAAGAAGGGCUCGGAGACCAAGCUGGCCAGGAAGGUGCGUGAGCUGGCCAAGCAGAUGAAGAGCGGGCUGGACGAGCUGAUGCUGGUGAGGAACAGGAUACGCGCCGCCGUGGAGCAGGCGGAGACGCAAGAGCAACGAUGAAAGGACUAACAUGAAGCUCCUUCUAAACAAGGGCCUUUUUCUACACUGUAUAGUCAUUUCCUGAGUAUUACUGUAGCUGCAAUGUGUAUAAACCGCUGGACAGUGUUUUAUACGAAUUAAAAACAAAAAUGACAUCAUGAAUUAACCGCAAUUGUGUAUUGACCACAGUGCCCAAUAUCCCAAUGAAUCAGAACCAGGUUAGUGCUUUAAUCCUGAAAAAGACUGAAAAAGAGAAAUGCAUUCCCUUGUAUAGCCCACCUCUGUGUAUUAUUAACCUCAUAACUCAAUUAUGCUAAAUCAAUGUGUAAACCUUGUUUAAUAGGUGGGAAAUUACGGUAUGUUUGUUGGCAUUUACCAUUUACUUUACCAUUUACUAGGUUUGGUUCUGAUGUCUACCAGCUCAAGAUGUACAGUAAGCCCACACCUGCUAUAGUUACAGAUCAUUUUAAAUAAUAAUACAAAAAUAAAAAAUAAGAAUAUUAGAAUGGCA